AUGGUUCAAUACACGGCGAAGCUGUACGAAACAUAUCGGACUAAAGUAAGCUUCAACUACUUCGAAAUUCAGUGGAACAAGCUGCUUGAUAUCAUUGGUGAUGAUCCCGAUGUGCUGUACGUUUGGUUUCUCACCGCCUAUACGUACGCAUUUUUCUGGUUCUUCGGUAUGUUGUUCGUCGCGAUGGAUCUUACCGGGCGGCCUCAAUGUCUGCGCAAGUACAAAAUACAACCGGGCAAAAAUGAACCACUGCCCUGGAAGCGCUUCAAGCAGCUUGUUCUCACCGUGCUGCGCAAUCAGUUUCUCUUCGGUAUACCCACCAGUUAUCUGGUAUUUCACAGCCGAAAACUGUUCACCGUCGAUAUUCCUCCCGUCCGUGUGCUACCGUCACUGUACACGAUCGGGCAGGACAUGCUGGUGUGCAUUCUGUGCUGGGAGAUUGGGUAUUACUACACGCAUCGAUUGCUUCACAGUCGGCUGCUGUACCGCCAUUUCCAUAAGCAGCACCACGAGUGGACUGCACCCGUAGCAUUGGCCGCCAUGUACUCCCAUCCGGUGGAGUUCGUACUGAGCGAUCUACUGCCAGUGUAUGCCGGGCCAGCCAUAAUGCGGAGCCACGUCUUUACGAUCAUGAUAUGGUUCUCGUACGUUACGAUCGACACACUGGCCGACCAUUCGGACUACCAUCUACCGUACCUGGCGAGCUCCGAGUUUCACGACUAUCAUCAUCUAAACUACACCCAGUGUUUCGGUAACUUUGGACUGUGGGACAUUUUUCACGGCACGGCAAAAGAGUUUCUGCGCAAGAAACAAUUUCAACGACACCAUCGGUUGUUCACACUACAGUCGGCCCGGGAAUGGAUACCGGAUAAGGAGAUGUAG